GGGCGGAAGUAGCGACUCGAUUGUCUUCCACCAACAACUGGGGGCAUGUUUUCUCGAUUGAGGAAUGUGUGUAGAUUUGCCUCUACAUGUCAGCGAUUAUUUCACCCCUCUUCAAAGCGCUUUAGGGUGAAUUUCGCAACGAAGGCUCACCCUAAAAACCUUGUGCCUACCGCGCUAAGCGUUCGAGAAACAAAAAGUGAUGGGACUUUACAUGUAACAUGGAACGACAACAGAGUAAACCGUUAUCCGUUUGUCUUCCUUCGCGACAUCUGUCGAUGCCCUGAAUGCUUCCACGAGUCUUCUUCGCAACGAAGCUUUGAUACAGUGGGCCAGUUGAGGAUGAACAUUCAACCAAAACGAGUCGAAGUUUUGCAAAGCGGUAAACAAAUUGCUGUCACUUGGCCAGAUGAACAUGUCAGUGUGUUUGAUUCUGAGUGGCUCCACUCCCGGCGCUUAGCUGAGAAGCCGCAGGCAGAUGAAGCUAAAGAGGACCCGACACUAAACAAAGAAGGUGUAAUUUUUUGGAACGCUGAACAGCUUCAAGGCAAGAUACCUCGUUAUGACUUUCAAGAGGUGAUAGAAGAUGACUACAAACUGUAUGAAUGGCUGUAUUCACUUCAUAGCUUGGGCAUUGCACUUCUAACAAACACGCCUCUGCAGAGUGGUGAAUGCUUGAAAUUGAGCAGUAGAGUUGGAUUUUUAAAAACUACCCAUUACGGCCACAGCGUCAAUGUACGGGCCAGGCUUGACUCUAACAACGUGGCUUUUACCACAGACGACCUUCCUCUUCACAAUGACUUUCCCCAUUUGGAUUAUCAGCCCGGGGUAACAAUUCUUCACUGUAUCGAGCAAGUGUCGGGCAAAGGUGGCGCCAAUCAGUUUGCUGACGGAUUUCACGCUGCAAAGCAGUUGAAAGAAAGUGACCCAGAGUCUUUCAAGCUGUUGUCUACCACUCCAAUUCAAUUCAGUAACCGUGGCAAGGACGUGUUUGGUGAAUUUCACACAAAAUCUUCUCAUGCCACAAUAGAGUUGGAUGACAAUGGCAAAUUGAGCGGACUCGCUUUAAACGAUACUGCACGCGACUCCUUCAUGAAUCUUCCCCCGGAGAAAGCUGUGGAACUGUACGAAGCUUACCUCAAGUAUGGUCGAAUUCUCAGAGGUCCGAUCAAUCAAAUAGAAUAUAAAAUGGUGCCUAGUGAUGUGAUAUCGUUCAACAACAAGCGCGUAUUUCACGGUAGAUCCGCUUUCCAACUCACCGAGACAUCAGGCCGCUUCCUUGAGUUAGUUUACAUGGACUGGGAUACGAUUAAUUCAAAGCUGAGAGUUCUUACCAAACACUUUAAUAUACCAUUCGGAUUGUAAAAAAAUUAUAUAUAGUAUAUAGUAGUAUAUAGCAGUUAGUAGAUUGUCGAAUUGUAGAGAACACCUCCUUCUUCCCUUGAUAAGUGGUAUUUCUUGCGAGGCUUUCAAAAGGUAUGGCACCUUGUACCAAAUUUCGAACGUUACUCGGUAAACUAUUUGAUGCUAAAAAUAGAAAUUUAUUGAGCAUCUUUAUUUUCACGCUCAAUACUCUUGACAUUGCUUAUCUCUGGAAUUUCGAGGACACUUGUCACAGGUCUAGUUCAUGAGUUGGCUCAUUGGUAGUAACGUAGAAUUUAGUGCAAAGUAAAUGCUCGCUGGUUGUUAAUAGGAUAAAAGGAUGGUAAGAACCCUUAUUACUUAAUUUUACUUAAGCGCCCCUUUUAUACAUAGAGUUUCGAACAUCAAAGAACGUACUCUUCCGUAAACAUUGAAAUAUUUGAAUAGGAACUAACAGAUAUAGAUAGGUGAAAACUUGAAAAGCGUUUCUUCCAUGGUGAAGAUUUGCAGAAGCGUUGAAGCCUUGUAAAAAAGAGUAGAAAAAGAUCCCCAACUUCCUCGCUGACCUGUAAUUCAUAAAAAGGAAAAAAUUACCAUGCAGUACAUACCUGACUCAAAACCUAGCUUUAUGGACCACGGGAGAUCCAAGCAGUAUUGUUUACAAAUUAACUUUCAACAUGAAAAUUUAUGUGGCCUGCAGAGGAAGGUUGUCGAUUGCACACAAGAACCUGUCUUCUCGAAGAAUCGACAUCGCUGAUCAAACUCUGAGCUUUGGAAUUGUAACUUCUCAGCAUUGCAACUGUCAUAUGGUGGGUCCUUUGUUUAAAAGACAGGAAAAUAAAGAGAAAGAUAACUGAAGGAAAAGACUAACCUAGUUGUAGCACAGUCCCCAUUUGCCAUCUUGUUUGAAAUCAAACGUGGUCGAGCACCAUUUCAACGUGUAGCCGUCCAUUGUACAGUCGUGGUACAGUUUACGGUUGUACCGGAAUGGAAAAACACAGCAAUUUCCAGCUGAAUUCCCGCCAUGGGUGUCCACACCGCUGUCACAAUCCUCUACGAAACACAGCAGGAAAAAAAUAAUUCAUCCUAUCUUAAAUUGAGAAGUACAGACUCUCUGCUGCACUCUGCAUAAAUCACGUAUCAUAUGGCAUUGUAGUCUUGGAGAGCAUUUCGUAAAUAUGUUGUAUGCUCUAUGAAAGUUCACGUGCUAGAAAUUUAUCAGAAUUUCCAAUAUCGAGACAUGUCGACCGACAUCUGUAUCAUUUUAAAGCAAUGUAAACUGUGAACGACUCACCGAUUUUGCACUUGCUUGUGACGAUAUAAUUUCCAUAGUCAUACACGGAACACUUUGCCACGUUGUUCCUGAAAUCUGAUUCAGCCACUUGGUUGCCGGGGUUCAGAUGUACUCUCAAAUAAAAUGAUCCGUGUUGGAAGUCCGAGCAGUCCACCCACUGGCAGUCAAUUUUCCAGUUGUAAAUGUCGUAACAG